ACAAGUGAAAUGCUUUGCCCCACCCUUUCAGAAGGUGGGGCAAAUGGUUAUAUAGCAGCAGAGGGUGAAAGCAGGGAUAUCAUUGCAUUGAAGAAAAAGAGAUACCAACAAAUGGAAGACUUGAAAAUAAAAAAUGUCAACUUGGAAAGAUCUGAAAACAUGGAGAGACACAGGACAGAGGGCUUCAGCAGCUCCAAAAGCCUGGUGCUGCGAAGAGGAGCCCCUCUCAGAAUCAGUGUGCAACUGGGGGGCCGAGCCUUCGACCCCAAGACCGACUCUCUGAAGAUCAAAGUCAUGCUAGGCCGCCUGUAUGUGGUAAUUCCAGUCACUCUCUCCAAGAAGACUUCUUCCUCCCACUGGAAAGCCUAUGUUGACCCAGAGGGCCGGGACCUCCAGAACCUCUCCAUAUUCAUCUCCUCUCCUGCCUCCGCCGCGGUGGGCUGCUACAGAUUUCAGCUGUAUCUGUUCACUCCGGGCAGAAAGAAGACCUGCAUGUUCGGCAAAUUUAUCCUGCUCUGCAAUCCCUGGUGUCAUGAGGAUGCUGUGUAUAUUCCCUUUGAGGACCAGAGAGAAGAGUACGUCCAGAACGACUCUGGGCUGCUGUUUAUAGGGGCACCUAUGAAUAUCGUGUCAAGACCAUGGUCCUUCGAUCAGUUUGAGCCUGGUGUUCUGGAGGCGUGCCUGAAUCUGCUCCAAGUCAGCCCUCAGCACCAAAAGAGCAGAAGAAGGGACUACAUGAACAGAAACAACCCCAUCUACAUCAGCCGGGUCGUGUCUGCCAUGAUCAACAGUGAAGACGACCGCGGGGUGCUGAAAGGGAAAUGGAAAGGGGACUACAAAGAUGGAGUUAAUCCCUCCUUGUGGACGGGGAGUGGGGACAUCUUGACCCAGUGGGCUGAGUCUGGUUACAGUCCAGUCAAGUAUGGACAGUGCUGGGUGUUUGCAGCCGUCAUGUGCACAGUCAUGAGAGUACUUGGCAUUCCUUGCCGCGUCAUCACAAACUUCAACUCUGCUCACGACACCAAUGACAACCUGGUGAUUGAGGAGUACUACAGUGAAACAGGGCAGAAGCUGAACCUCAGCAAAGACAGCAUAUGGAACUUCCAUGUGUGGGUGGAGUGCUGGAUGACCCGCCAGGAUCUGGGAUCAGGAAUGGAUGGCUGGCAGAUUCUUGACCCGACCCCCCAGGAGAGGAGCAGAGGAGUGUUCUGCUGUGGCCCAGCCCCAGUCAAAGCAAUCAAGGAUCGGCGUAUCGACCUGUUUUUUGACAUCCCCUUUGUCUACGCCGAGGUGAACGCCGACGUCCACUCAGUCGUAGUGAGCGAGGGUCGGGUGGUCAGCCAGUACACGGACACGGAGAGAGUGGGAUCCCUCAUCUGCACCAAAGAUGUUGGCUUGCCCAGACACCAGAACAUCACAGGAGACUACAAAUUCAUCAAAAGCCCGACUUCAACGCUUUCAUCGAGAAGUUCCACAGUGUCAGAGGACUCGAGCAGAGGCUCAUCCAGGGGCAUGCUAGUAGUCCUGAUCCUGGAUAAUGCUCCUGUUGCCGGGGAGCCCGUCCACUUUACGGUGAAAAUCAUCAACAAGGGGAGGGUGGCCAAGAGGAUGAAAGUGCAUCUGAACGCCCAGGCUAAAGAAUACAACUACAGCCCAUCAGACACCUUCUGGGAAAACCACGGUGUCGUACAACUGGCACCCACGGAGGUCAAGUUUAUUCACCAGCAGAUCCUCCCAGCACAGUACGAGGAUGUGGUGGGUGACGACUUGAUCAACCUCGCAGUAGUCCUGGAGGACUUGGCCAGUCAUGAGCGAGUCCUGGCUUCAGAGGAGUUCAAUAUCGCCGGCCCACAGCUCACCAUACAGAUUGCAGAUGAAGACUCGAUUGUGCCUAACAAAGAGCAGGCUGCCAUAGUGACCUUCACCAACACAUUUUCUCACCCGGUGAGCGGAGUACUGACUGUGGCUGGAGCCGGGCUGAUUCAGGGCAAGGCCCACUUCAGGAUGCUCCCUCUGCGUCCAGGCAAGAGCGUGACGCAGCGCAUCACCUUCAACCCCAACAAGGUGGGAACAAAGAUGCUGCAGGCCAGCCUGUCGCUCUCAGACAUCAACUCCACUGUCAGAGGCUUCAAGAUGGUCUCUGUCAGCAGAGCUUGAAUCCUGUUUUUGUACAUUUGUUUUUGCGCUCAGGCGUCACAUUCAGGCGUGACUUUUACAUUUCUGUCAGUGUAGUUUUGCUUUUUUAAUUUAUGUUGUUCAAAUUGUCAACCUUCACGUUUUUCUAUUGCUUUUACAUGUGAAUGCAAUUUAUAUUUAUUUAUUUAUAUUAAUGUUACUUUUUUACUCGGAUAAUUGUGCUGUUUGUUUUAU